AUGGUGAGAGCAGAUUCCUGCAAGAACGGAGACCUCCUCCAUCUCGCAGCUCGCCCAAAUGCUGCCCAAAUGACCGCCCUGCAGGCAAAGAUACUGGAUAUGGGGCACAAUGCAACAUUCUCAGGUGAUCGAAACCAAGGCCUCCAAGUCGGCAUUUCUUCCGGCACGAUCAACAAUGUCUUCAAUAUCGAAUCAGCAACCAAAAUCACUCCCAAUUACCAGCUUGGCUUGAGGCUCAGCGAGGCACCGCAAAUUGACGAUGAUCUUUUUGUCGGAAGAGAACCGGAACUCGAACAGCUGGAGGAGUGGCUUUCACCAAAGACCACAAAACAAAACAUUGUUGCUGUGUCAGGUCUUGGAGGGAUGGGCAAAACUCAGCUAAGCAUCCACUUCGCGAAACAUCACCAUAAAAGCUAUUCUUCGGUACUCUGGUUCAACGCCAACAAUGCAGCCACUCUUACAACUGGCUAUGUUCAGUUGGCAUUGUGGCUCAUCGGCCAAGAAGAGCGUAGAAGCGAGGAAAACCAGCCCGAUGAAGAUCAAGCGGUUCGAUAUGUACGACGGUGGCUAUCACAGCCAGAGAACGACCAGUGGCUGGUUAUUUACGACAAUUACGACGAUCCCCAGAUGCCUGGAAUCAAAAGUUCCACUGGAUAUGAUAUCCGGCAGUUUUUCCCAGAAAGAACCCAAGGUUCCGUCCUGAUAACAACACGCUUUUCGGGUCUUACAUUUGCCAAUCGUUUACCGCUACUCAAGUUUGAGGAUAUAGACCAAAGCCUGACCAUUCUGGCAAAUUGGUCGGGCCGGUCGACUGAAGAAGGUGCACGUAAACUUGCCAACCGACUAGCUGGGCUGCCGCUGGCGUUGACCACGGCAGGAUCAUACCUUAGGAAGACGACAGAUAGCUUCAGCGAUUACCUACAGAUGUACCAAGAGAGCUGGGACGACCUCGCGGACAAUAGCAACGAGCUACUCGAAUAUGCGGAUCGAACUCUUUAUUCUACAUGGAAUAUGUCCCUGAAACAGGUUCAAGAUCAAGAUCCUGAGGCGGCGAAUCUCUUGCGAUUGAUGGCCUACCUAAGCAAUCAGGACCUCUGGUACGAACUCUUCCAAGAAGGGGCCGAAUCCGGGCCAGCCUGGUUGCAGGAUGUAGUGAAGAGCAAGCCAAGAUUCAAUAGGGCCAUAACUAAACUUCAAGAGUAUUCACUAGUGGAGGUUGGGGCAGGAACCUAUAGCUUACACACCUGUGUGCAUGACUGGACGCUGGAAUAUCUCAAUCGCGGGUUUGAUGCAGAAUUCUGCCUGCUGGCCAUCCACUGUAUUGCGCAAAACACCAAGCAUCAUGACAACGACGCAGACUUCUGGAAGCUCACUCGUCGACUUGGUCAACACGUCUCACGGCUGGAACAUGGUCGGCUAGAAGGGUUGAUAGACUGGAGUGGUGUGGAUAUAGCGGAUCUAUACGAGUUAGGCUAUCUACACUUAUUUAACCAGCAAUUAGUGGCGGCGGAGAAGAAACUUCAGUUGUCUCUACAAGGUCACGAGGAGCGAUUAAGUAGCAAUGACCUAAAAACCUAUCGCCUGGCCGGAACGCUGGGAAUGGUCUACCGGAGACUGAAUAAGCUACCCGAGGCUGUGAUGAUGUUCGAGAGGGCGCUGAAAGGCUGUAUAAUGAUAGUGAAUUCCAGCCAUAUCGGUACACUGAAGCUCGAUAUAUUCAAUAUUCUGGUCAACGUGUCCCCAGGCCAGGAUAAGACGACCGAGGUGGAAAUGUUGUAUCAGCAUCUACUUGAAGGAUCUCAGAAGACACGGGACAUUAGCUUUGCAACUGAAUGGAUACUUUAUGUGUUGUGCCAGCUGGGCCCUGUCUACUCGGCUCAGGGCAAGAUAAAUGAGGCGGAGAUAAUGUUGAAGGGGGCACUCCAAGGCUAUGAGAAGAUAUUGGGUGCUGACGACAUUUGGACUUUAUAUGCACAGCUUGAUCUGGGCUUGCUUUACAGGGCGCAGCGUAAGCUGGUUGACGCUGAGAAGAUGUUCAUGAAAGUGUUGAAAGGAAAUAAGAGACUUCUAACUGCAGAGCAUCCUAACACUUUUCAUUUAUUGUAUAAUCUGGGACUUGUCUACAGGGACCAGGGUAGGCUGGUAAAGGCUAGGACCGCCUUUCAGCAGGCAUUGAAGGGGUAUAGUAAAGCAUUUGGUCCUGACCACGAAGACACUAUGAAAGCAGUGACAGGUUUACGUUUGGUGAAUGAACGUAGAAAGAGAAAUGGAAUUAGGACAGCGAGGGCAGGCGAGAGAGGGAGUGAAGAUGAGGAAGAAACCAAAGGCCAGGAAGACAGUGAAAGCGGCGAAGAAAGUGAAGACGAAGGAGAUUGUGAAGACGGUGAAGACGGUGAAGACGGUGAAGACGGUGAAGAAGACGGACGGUGA